AAUCAGGAAAGCUCUCCCGCCAAUGGCGGGCCGCCAUCUAGCAAAUCGAAAGAGAAGAUUGACGAUUGAGAGCCUUGAAUAUAUGCGUGUGUAUGUACAUACAUACCGCUCGUUGACACGUAGCUUCUCCCUCUCCCGGUCCCGCUUCAAUAUAUAAAUUCACGCAGGCGAUCUAGAUACCGCAGUUGCGAUAGUAACUAGACGGAGUGUGGAGAUACGCGCGGAGGAGCACGAAUUUCAACUAUGAGUACCGUUACCUGCAUUGCACCCGUGAAUAUUGCAGUCAUUAAAUAUUGGGGAAAGAGAGACGAGUCAUUAAUUUUACCAACGAAUGAUUCCAUUAGUACUACUUUAGAUACUAAUCAGCUACAUGCGAAAACCACUGUCAUGAUCAGUCGCGACUUCAAGGAGGAUCGUAUUUGGCUGAAUGGGAGAGAAGAAGAUAUAAAAAACCCAAGGCUUCAAAAUUGUUUAAGAGAAAUUAGAAAACGUUCGCAAUUACCUGGUGACAUGAACGACUGGAGGAUUUAUAUUUGUUCGAAAAAUAAUUUUCCAACUGCUGCUGGUCUGGCUUCAAGCGCGGCAGGAUAUGCGUGUCUCGCAGCAGCACUAGCCAAACUGUACAAGAUAGAGGGAGACAUCAGUGUUAUAGCACGCUCUGGCUCUGGAUCAGCAUGUCGCAGUACUAUGGGUGGCUUCGUGAGGUGGCACAUGGGCUCAAACAAAAACGGAACGGACAGCUUGGCGAAGCAAAUCGUCCCCGCUUCUCACUGGCCGGAGAUGAGGAUCCUGGUGCUAGUUGUGAACGAUCAGCAGAAAAAGGUUGCGAGCGCGGUAGGCAUGAAACGGAGCCUGCAGACCUCUGAAUUUCUGCAGUACAGGAUAACACACAGCGUCCCAAAGAGAGCUAACAAGAUGCAGCAAGCCAUCGUGGAGAAAGAUUUCAAAACUUUCGCUGAGCUCACCAUGAGAGACUCUAAUCAGAUGCAUGCCGUGUGUCUCGAUACGUAUCCUCCGUGUGUCUACAUGAACGACACUUCCCACGGCAUCGUGAAUCUUGUACAUGCUUACAAUGACGCAGUUAAUGAUGUAAAGGUUGCUUAUUCCUACGACGCUGGACCGAACGCAGUGUUAUAUUUAUUAGAGAAGGAUGUACCGGCAAUAGCGGGCAUCCUAAAUCACUUCUUCCCUCCGCCUGAAAAUGUUGCGGUUGAGUACAAGAAAGGAAUACCUGUUGAAGGAGUUGAACCUUCUCAGGAUUUACUGGAGAAGAUAAAGUUCGCAAAGCAACCGCCGGGCCAACUUAAGUACAUAAUAUACACUAAGGUAGGAGACGGGCCUAAGUAUUUUGAUAGCCCAGAGAAUCAUCUGUUAGACGGGAAAGGUAAUCCUGUUAAUCUUUGAUCGAUAUAUUGUUAUGUAUAUUUUGUUUCUCAUUCUAAAUAGAGAGAAUUAAAUAACUUAUUAUUCUAUUAAUUUUCAUGUACACUGCUAUUUUUGCUUGUGUUCCUAAUGUGUUGUAAGUACAAUAUGUAUUUGUAUCGUUGAGUAAAAUAUAAAGAUAUUUGAUUAUAAUAAUUUCCCGAAAGUAGUUUAUAAUAAAUAUUUUUAAGCAUAAUUAUUAAGUGUUUUAUAUAUUGAUCAAUAAAAAGGUAUUCAACUACUUUGUACUUAUAAAGAAUAUCAACAAAUC